AUGGAUGUCGUUCCUUCUAUCUCGACGCUAGCUGCGACAGCCGCUGCUGCAGAGGUUGAAGAACUGCAAGCCGACGAAAACGAGAGUCCAGAGCUGCGGGCCAUACGCAUUCAACGGAGGCAGUAUCUCCGUACUCUGAGCAGAGUGGUCGAGCAAAGUGAUAUCGUGAUCAUGGUGCUGGAUGCAAGAGAUCCAGAAGGGUGUCGCAGUCGGAUGGUGGAAGACGAAGUCAGACGGAGAGAAGCCGAUGGUAAACGUCUCAUCUUUGUUCUGAACAAGAUUGAUCUCGUGCCCCAGGAGAGUGCACAGGCAUGGCUAAAGUAUCUCCGCCAUUCGGCGCCAACCCUCCCUUUCCGAUCUUCUACGCAAAUACAGCGACAAAAUCUGUCAUCUCGUACAUCGCCUGCGCUGCUCAAGCUACUCAAGAGUUACAAGCCUCCUAACAAGAGUAUUACUGUCGGUGUGGUCGGUUUUCCAAAUGUUGGCAAGUCGAGUCUUAUCAAUAGUCUUAAACGAGCAAAGGUUUGCCCUGUCGCGUCAGAACCUGGCUGGACGAAAGAGUUGCAAUCCGUCUCAGUUGAACGUGGUCUCAAAAUAAUCGACUCUCCAGGUGUAAUCUUCGAUGAGGACUACUCGGAUAGCGGUCCAACAAGCAUAUCACAGGCAUCCCGAAUCCUUCUGCUCAACGUGCUAUCAGCGUCUACUGUCGACCCUCUCCCUGUUGUAAACGCCAUACUCUCUCGCACCCCACAUGAGAAACUGCGGGAGCUAUAUGCGCUACCAGACUUCAGUGAUUCAAGUGGCGACCACGACAUGACAGAAAACGCAAUGCCAACUGCCACCAAAUUCCUUACGAUGCUUGCCCUGACCAGCGGGCGUCUCCUACCUGGUGGCACGCCCAACCUCGAGGCUGCCGCAACCCAGGUUCUCAGGGACUGGAAUUCUGGCAAGAUUCCGUACUUUACCCCAGUACCAGAAAUACACCCGAGUGUACGGCCUAGUGACGCACCAGGCGCGGAGAAUGUGGGCGAGACCAAAGUCGUCGACGCUUGGAAACCUGCAUUCGACCUUGGUGGCUUGUGGGAUGAAGCCGACAAGGGAGCAUGGGAAGAGGACUAUGAAGCGAUGGAGGAAGCAGGAAACGAAAUGGACGAAGAUGACAAGCUUCCAAAUAUUCCCUUCAAACGAUUGCACUCUGCUCAGGAGGCCGAGGAAGAGGAAUCAGUUCUUGCUGGAUCACUACCUCCAACAUCAAUAAACGACGCCCAGUCUUCUAUCAGUGAAACGGCACGGAAGCAGGUGUUCAAACGCGUGAAGAAGAAUUUCACAUAUGAAAUGGAGCUGGAUGAACAUGAAGCCUCGACCAUGGCUUCAGCAAACCCAAUGAGCCGCAAGAAGCUACGGCAGGGAUCUAAAAAAGGGAGAAAGUUGAUGCAUCGCGAGGCCCGGGAGCUCAACCCAACACUACAUUUUGACGAAGCCACUGUUUGA